AAUAACCUGCUGCCCAGCUCUCUUUGCAACAGUCAGUCCCUGACAGGAUCAUGGCCAUGAUGCCGGCCGCAGGGGGCCCCAGCCCCGGACAGACCUGCGUGCUGAUCCUGAUCUUCACAGUACUCCUGCAGGCCCUCUGUGUGGCUGUGACUUACUUGUACUUCACCAACGAGCUGAAACAGAUGCAGAACAAAUACUCCAAAAGUGGCAUUGCCUGUUUCUUAAAUGAAGACGACAGCUACUGGGACCCCAAUGAUGAGGAGAGUAUGAAUGACCCCUGCUGGCAAGUCAAGUGGCAGCUGCGUCAGUUUGUUAGAAAGAUGAUUUUGAGAACCUAUGAGGAAUCUCUUCCUACAAUUUCAGAAAAGCAACAAAAUAUUCCUCCAGAAGUAAGAGAAAGAGGUCUUCAGAAAGUAGCAGCUCACAUAACUGGGACCAGUCGGAGAAGAAGCACAGUCUCAGUUCCACGCUCCAAGAAUGAAAAAGCUCUGGGCCAGAAAAUAAACUCCUGGGAGACAUCAAGAAAAGGACAUUCAUUCCUGAAUAAUUUGCACUUGAGGAAUGGAGAGCUGGUUAUCCAUCAAACGGGGUUUUAUUACAUCUAUUCCCAAACAUACUUUCGAUUUCAGGAACCUGAGGAAAUUUUGGGAACAGUUGCAAGAGAAGGGAACAGAAAGAGAAACAAACAGAUGGUACAAUAUAUUUACAAAAACACAGAUUAUCCUGACCCUAUUCUGCUGAUGAAAAGUGCUAGAAAUAGUUGUUGGUCUAAAGAUUCCGAAUAUGGACUCUAUUCCAUCUAUCAAGGUGGAAUAUUUGAGCUUAAGGAAAAUGACAGAAUUUUUGUCUCUGUAACUAAUGAGCACUUGAUUGACAUGGACCAAGAAGCCAGUUUUUUCGGGGCCUUUUUAAUUGGCUAAAUAAUCUGCAAGGAAAAAACAGUGCCUUCAAAGUAACAUUUCAUUUUCAGGGUGCUAUACUGUGAAAAUAUCCCACCACAUGACAAAGUAAGGCAGCCUGAGCACAGCAGUCCCACCAAAAGACUUUGCAACAUACACCUUUUUAAUAUCUCUGAAAAGUGACCAAAUUAUUCCAAGAAAGUGAAAUUGCCAACAGAACCUUCAGGGGUCUACCUGAUAUCGGUUUGCUAGCAGAAAUCUAGAAGAUUCUGUUUCCAAACACUUAUGUAGCAAUUAACAUCUUCUGUCUUUAUCAUCUACUCUCGUGAAGAUUCCAGAAGAAAGAAUAACGAUCCAUCUCUUAAGUAGUAUAUCACAUCGGUAGUUUCCACGUUGCCAUAAAGGCAGAACAUUCUCCAAGUUGAAAGAAAAAGGGCACCAGUAAGAGGUCGCGGUCAGGGGAGCCAAUCUCUGUCAAUAUAUGCAACCUGCAAAGGGAGUUUGUGCUGUGCAGGACCUUGCAGGAGUCACCUCAUACACCUGGAUCUGGUGGAUGGAAAUAAGCAAGUUCCACUCAAAAUAGUAUCACUUUGUUAAAAAAACAAAGUUAUGUUUGGUGAACAAGGAACUAUUUCCGAAUGGCUUGUGCUUUUCACUACCAAAAGUCAAACUGGCCAAAAGUGCUGAAGGUAUUUUUGAUAAAAGACUCUAUAAUGCCUGAUCAGCUAAUAAAAAUCAGGGAAUGUAGUCUCAUGUGAGCAGGAGGAGAAAUGGGAAAAGUGGAAAUGACAAGCACAGGUAAAUCAGCAGAAAAGAGACAAAUAAAGAUCUGCCCCCACCCCUCCACCCCACCCCCACUCCUCCACUGCCACAUGUCAAUAUCAAGUAUAUAUCUGCUUAAGGUUGCAUCAUUUAUCUGCCCCUGCCCCUGCCAGAAGAACAGCAAUUACUUUUAUCUUCCAAAAUCAUGGCACAAAACAUUUCAUUUCACCAUGUAAUUUAACCAGUUGUAGAAACAAAAUUAGUUGGAGGAUUUGUCUAAUCUCUUCUAAUUGUUAUUCCUAACCACAGCAUAAUUUAUACUCUUUGGAUGUAUGCUCAAAUGUUCAUUUAAAUGUGUUCUGAUCAAAUAGGGCUUUUUCUAAAAGGCUCAUUCAAAUUUAAAUUUGCAACGUACUUGAGACACCUGGCGCUUCUGACCCUCCUUACACUGCUUUUUCCAUAACACUAGUCAAGCUCUACAUACUAACGAAUUACUCAUUUGUUAUUCUGUUUUUUAAAGCCUGUCUCCUCUCACAAGAAUAUGAGCCAUGAUAGCAGAGAAUGUUUAGUACUGUUUACAUCUGCAUCCCCAGUACCUAGAACAGUACCUGAACAUAAUACCCAUGCAAAAUAUAUUUGUGAAUAAAUGAAUGACUGAAUGAAUGAAUACUUAGUCAUAUGGAAAAAAAGAAAGAAAUAUCCCCUGCCUUACCCCUUACACUGAAAAAACUUUGGAGAAUUUCAAAAGUAAUCUCAUGGUGGAGAAGAACUUUUCAACCAGGAUUUAAAACCCAAAGAAAAAGACUGAAAUGUUUGAGGACAUAUGACUUAGGGAUGGGAAAAAGAAUUAUUUUUACUUUAUAUUUUUAUACUAAAAUCUUAAAAUAUGUUUCUUUUUCAAUAAAAAAAAUUGUUAAAGUA